AUAUCAAUUAAUCCUCCGUAAUAACGAGAAGUGGAACCAAGGAGGGCUCGCCAGUAGCUGCAAAAGAACUCUGCGAGGCAGUGCGGCGGCUCAGACACACAACCGCCGCGAACCUCGGGAUGAAUUUCUUCGACGAUUCGUUCGAGCUUAAGGAGAUACAGAGGCUCGAAGGCCACAGCGACAGGGUCUGGAGCGUCAGUUGGAAGCCGGCCACCGGUACCGGCGGCGUGCCAGCAGUGCUCGCCUCCUGUAGCGGCGACAAAACCGUUCGUAUUUGGGAACAGACUUCCCCAUCUGGCUCUUUCCAUUGCAAGUCAGUUCUAGAUGAAACCCAUACUAGAACCGUUAGAUCCUGCGCAUGGUCACCAACUGGUAAAUUGCUUGCAACUGCAAGUUUUGAUGGAACUGUUGCUAUAUGGGAAGAAAAUGGAGAUGAUUUUGAGUUUGUCAACACUUUAGAGGGUCAUGAAAAUGAAGUCAAAAGUGUCUCGUGGAAUGCAUCAGACACUUUGCUUGCAACUUGUGGACGAGACAAAUCAGUUUGGAUAUGGGAAGUUAUGCCUGGCAAUGAAUAUGAAUGUGCUUCUGUGCUGCAAGGCCAUACACAAGAUGUUAAAAUGGUCCGAUGGCAUCCUUCUGUGGAUAUUCUUUUUUCAUGCAGUUAUGAUAAUACUAUCAAGGUUUGGGCAGAUGAAGGUGAUAGUGAUGAUUGGCAUUGCAUUCAAACAUUAACUGAAUCUAACAGCGGGCAUACAUCAACAGUUUGGGCUCUAUCUUUUAAUGCCUGUGGAGAUCAAGUGGUUACUUGUAGUGAUGAUCUUUCCCUAAAGAUAUGGGGUGCUGACAUAGAAAGAAUGCAGUGUGGUGAUGUAACUGUGCCUUGGAGGCAUAUUAGUACUCUCUCUGGAUACCAUGAUAGAACAAUUUUUUCUGUACAUUGGUCAAGAGAAGGAAUAAUUUGCAGUGGAGCGGCUGAUGAUGCUAUACGCUUAUUUGUUGAGACUGAGAAAGAUAACAGUGUGGUGGAUGGGCCUACAUACCGCUUACUUUUGAAGAAGGAAAAGGCCCAUGAGAUGGAUGUGAAUUCUGUGCAGUGGAACACUGGGGAUAAAAGGAUGCUUGCUUCAGGUAGUGAUGAUGGUACUGUCAAAAUAUGGGAAUUAGCCCUUAAGUGUGGAUGAAUGAUGAAAUCAAUUUUCAUUGUAGCCAUUAUUUUAGCACUAUUUCUAAACUUCUCAUACUUAUAGUAGAUAGAGUAUGUGUUUGUGAACUCAAUGGUGGUUUUUAUAAAUUGGCAGUGAUGGCUUCUUAUAAUAGCUUCAUACUCCCUUAUUAAGUUAUCCUUCUUUUCUGCUAGUUUUUUACCAAACACUAUUUGAUGGGAUUUGGAUGUCUUGUAACUUUUUGGAUGACACCAGACAGCCUCAUUAUUACUUUGAAUAAUGUUUAAUUCAUGUA